AUGCCGGAACGAUUACCUGAGCUCUUGCAAUAUCGGAUGUGCUAUGGUGCGCAGGUGGGGAAGCUGGAACAGCGGCUGGUGUCGCUGCAGACGGCGCACGCGCUGCGGUGCUCCACGUGCCGUCCGCUGCUGUCGCGCUCCCAGGACCUGGAGAAGCGGCUGGCGCGCCUGCUGUCCGAGCGCUCGUCGCAUCUGCGCGAGCUCGCCGCCAUGAAGCAGGAGGCGCUGGAGGCGGCCAUCAGCGAGAAGGACGCGCACCUGGCGCUGCUGGAGGUGUCGGGGCUGCGCACUGCGCGCCAGGCGGAGCAGGCCGAGCGCCUGCGCGCAGACCGGCGCCGCCUCAUGGAGCGCCUCAAGCGGGAGACGGAGCACAGCGUGCAGCUGCUGCAGCAGUACGCGCCGCCUGAGCCCAUCAGCCCUGCGCCCUCACCGCCCUUCGGCGGCGGCGGCGGCGACGGCGACGACGAGGAGGAGGCGGACGAGCCCGCGGCGGCGGAGCGGGACGGUGCAGGCGGCGCCGCGACGGCCGCCUCGCAAGCGGCGCCGCCACGCCGCGCUCGGGUCGCGCCACGCCCCGCCCGCGCCCUCCACGCCGUCGCCACAAAACGGCACCGCUGCCGCACCACGCUCACUCGGAGGUGGAGCCUGACAGCCUGGACCCCGCCUCCAGCUCCGAGACGACUCCCUCCAUGUAAGCAGCCGGGAAGGCGCGCAGGGUCGGCGGAGACCGAAGGAAACAGCGGAGGAGGAGGAGGAGGAGGAGAAGAAGAAUCGGAAGACUACGGAGAAGCCGUCAACGGGGCGAGCGUCGAGCAGCAGCAUCGUCGUCCAUCGCCCUUCGCCCUUAGCCUGUCGCCCGGCGCCCCUCCCACGCCCCCAGACCAGACCAAGCGCGCCGGCCGAGGUCGCCCGCGCUGA